AUGUCCAACAGAAAUAAAAAAUCUAAGAGUCCCCAAUUGCAACAACCCAAAAAUAUCGAUAAGGAUCUCAUGAAAUAUCUAAUAUAUCAGAAGAUCGUUAAACCACAAGUUCCUUUAGAAUUAAUAACUAAAACUUAACCUGAUGAGGAUUCUGAGGUUGAAGAUUUCAAACUUGAAAUAGAAAUGAAGUAUUCUCGAAUUCAAUUUAAUCUUAGAUAUAAGAGUUGUAAAAUCAAUCACACAUUUAAAUUUCCCAAAGAAAACUAUGAAUCUUCGUCCGAUACAUCAUUACAAUCUUUAAAGGAUGUUACUAUCUAUAAUCUAAAUUGCGACAAUUUGGAUCGAUUGACCGAUGCAACGUAGCCACAUUUUAUGAAAGCUUUAAAUGAGAGACUUAUGAAAUUAACUGAUCUCAUUGUUGAUGAAUCAUAGGUCAAAAAUAAGCAAUACAAUUAUGCUCCAAACUUGAAAUCCUCCAGAAUGCAGAAACUCAGAGGAACAAACAUAUCCAACACUUCUAUCACCAAACCUACAGAACUCUCCUUGAAUGCUGCUAGUUAAAGUCAAGGAAGGGAAAGUGUCAUUACGAAACCUCCCUCUAAUCUCGGGUUCAGAGCCACUCCAACCAUCUCCUCAGAAAAGAAAAACAGAUCUAAGUAAAUCCAAUAAAUCUUGAAAAUCACACAACAAAAAUGUAUGAACAACCAAAACAUAGGUGGCACAUUUUAUAAGAAAACACCUUAAGUAAACAACAACUACAUCAACAUCAAUUCCAACAUCAAUAACAGUAUAGUAGUCGCAGGCAAGAGAAACAUUUAAGAUAUUCGUAUAAAGACUGAGCAGGAGGAGCCAGAACCCAGUUUGCAUUAAUAUUAGGUUAUUCCCAACUCAAGACCCAAAAUGAGGGAGUCGACAAUGAAAGGCAAAAAGUUGGAUAUUUCAAUCGGUUAUAAAAAUCUCACGUUGGAUAGUUAAUAUUUAGAAACCUACAGUCGUAAUACUAAGAGCUAAAACAAAAAUUACAAGGUUUGA